AUGGCGCUGGAGCGGGCGCUGCAGGCGGCGCGACAGGGCGACGUGGAGGCGCUGCGGGGGCUGCGGGCGGCCGGGCUGCUGCGGCCGGGGCUGCGGGACGCCCUGGGCGCGUCUCCCGCGCACCACGCUGCCCGCGCCGGUCGCCUCGCCUGCCUCCGCUACCUGGCGGCCGAGGCCGCGCUCCGCGGGGACGCGCGGGCGCGAAACGGGGCCACGCCGGCCCACGACGCCGCCGCCACCGGCAACCUCGCCUGUCUCCAGUGGCUGCUCACGCAGGGGGGCUGCGGCGUGCAGGACACAGACAACUCUGGUGCCACCAUCCUACACCUGGCAGCCCGCUUCGGUCACCAUGAGGUGAUCGACUGGCUCCUCCGCUUUGGAGGCAGCGACCCCACCGCAGCCACCAAUACGGGAGCACUGCCCGUCCAUUACGCCGCGGUGAAAGGGGAUUUCCCUUCCCUGCGACUCCUCUUGGGACACUGCCCCAGUACGCUGAGUGCCCAGACCAAGACGGGGGCCACCCCGCUGUACCUCGCCUGCCAGGAAGGCCACCUGGAGAUCAUCCAGUACCUGGUGCAGGAUUGUGGGGCUGACCCCCACGCGCGCGCUUAUGACGGGAUGACCCCACUGCACGCCGCCGCCCAGAUGGGCCACAACACUGUCAUCGUAUGGCUGAUGAGCUUCACGACGGUGAGCCUGUCGGAGCGGGACGCCGAGGGGGCCACGGCCAUGCACUUCGCCGCCAGCCGUGGCCACGCCAAGGUGCUGAGCUGGCUGCUGCUGCACGGCGGGGAGAUCACUGCCGAUGGCUGGGGCGGCACACCGCUGCACGAUGCCGCCGAGAAUGGCGAGCUGGAGUGCUGCCAGAUCCUGGUGGUGAACGGUGCCGACCUCAGCAUUCGUGACCAGGAUGGUUACACAGCAGCUGACCUCGCUGACUACAAUGGCCACAGCCACUGCGCCCAGUACCUGCGCACCGUGGAGAACAUGAGCGUGGAGCACCGCGUGCUGUCACGAGACCCCUCGGCGGAUGGGGAAUGCCGACAGCCGGACUCGGGCAUGUCAUCGCCCAACACCACGGCGUCGGUGCCCCAGGCGCGCUUCGAGGUGGGCUCCCCUGCCAGCACCCUCUCCAACUACGACUCCUGCCACUCCAGCCAGUCCAGCACCGGGGAGAAGAGGGGUGGCCCCCCAGGGGCCCCCGCCGCCCGUGAGUGCGGGGCCAGGGGGCGCGGGGCGGGGGGUGCGGGUCCAGCCCCCCCUGACCCCCUGCCCUGCGCAGGGGUGCCUGAGCCGGCGCUGGCGGACAUGCAGGCGUACAUGGACAUGCUGGACCCUGAGAUGCGGCCACGGGGCCGGGGCCCAGCAGGCGAGGGUCCCCCGCCGCCACCACCCCCUGCCUUUCCCCCACCACCACCCCCACCCCCCACCACCCGGCCACCCCCGCCACCCCCUGGCUACCCUGCACCUGCGCCCCCCGCUGCCCCCCACACCGCUGACAUCUACGUGCGGGCCAAGAACAACCUGCGGCAUGUGGAGAGCCAGGCGCUGCGCCGAGAGCUGGCAUCGCGUGACAGCAGUCCCGAGGGCCUGCGCCGGGCCGACUCCAGCAGGAGGUCAAGGAAUUUCGGCAAGCAGCCGAGCACCGGUGACUACUACAAGCACCUGGGGCACGUUGUGGCCGAGCAGGCAGGCCCCCAGCGAAUGGCGCACACCGAGGAGACAUCGCCCAUCUCGGCGGACACCAUGAGCAAUGGGGAGAGCAAGUCUGGUGCCGAGCUGCCAUCUCCACCCCCGCCCCCACCACUGCCCGACACCGCCUGCCCGACACCCCCACCGCCGCCCCCACUCGCCGAGACUCCCGCUGGCCCCCGCCGCUCCUCCUCCUCUACGGGAAGAGGAAAGGCGCUCAGGCAGAUGAAGAGCACCAAGUCCUUCAACAUGAUGUCCCCCACCGGCGACAACUCGGAGCUGCUGGCCGAGAUCAAAGCUGGGAAGAGCCUCAAGCCAACGCCACAGAGCAAAGGCUUCACCACCGUCUUCUCCGGCAGCGGCCAGGCAGGGGCCAACGCAGAGUCGCCAGUGUCCUCCCCGUCACCCACCAGGACGCCCACCCCGCCGGCCACCCCCGAGGCUGCUGGGCCACCACGCUGCCUGGCAGGGGGCUCACCGGAGCCAGUGCUGAACGGAAGCUCACCGCUGCCGGCAGCAGGCGCUGGGGCAGCGGUGGAGGUGGAGGCGCUGGUGCCGAGCCAGGACGAGCACGGUCGGCCCAUCCCCGAGUGGAAGCGGCAGGUGAUGGUUCGCAAGCUGCAGCUCCGCAUGCAGGAGGAAGAGGAGCAGCGGCGCAAGGUAGGGGGGUCCCACCCUGGGAACCGCUCGCCGCCCCUUUGCCGGCGCGGGCCACCUGCCCGCGGGGGCAUACCGGGACCCGCCGGGCAGCCGAUGCGGGAGGAGGACAUGCAGCACCUGGAGAGGCAGCUGGGGAGCCUGCGGGUGAUGCACGAGGCGCAGCCGGGGCAGCCGCUUCCAGGGGGGCCGGAGGAGGAGCUGCUGCCACUCGUGCCACUCUCUGCCCCGCCGGCACCCCGGCGCUUCGCCCUCGCCCACGAGGACGCGCCUGCCCGCGGCAGCCAGUCCCCCACACUGCCGAGGAGCGCGGCCGCACCACCAGCCACCCUGAGGGGCCAGGAGGGCCCCGGGGCGGGGGGAGCAGUGGGCAGCCCCGGUGCCCAGCACGACGCCCGGCGCGAGAUCCUGGGCUGCGGUGUCUCUGUCCGCAGCCUCAAGGCCAACUACGAGGGGCCAGGGGGACCCCCUGCACCUCCCCCCAGGGUCACUAAGCGCAAGCGGGUGCAGCCCCCUGGUAGCACCCGCCGGCCCAUUCUGGAGGAGGAAUACGGGGAUGGGGCGCUGCGGAGGAGCAGGCCAGCGCUGCCAGAGCCAAGCAGCCCGCAUGAACGCACCAAGGGGUGCAAGGAGCGCGCCGUCUUCCUCUUCCUGGAGCACUGGAAGAAGCGGGCACUCGUGGCAGUGCCUGGGGAGGAGCGGCCACGGCGGCCGGGGAGGCGGCGACCGGCAGCGGGGCGGCUGUUGGCCCGCUGGAGGAGUGUUGCCCGCCGGGUCCCAGGGCGUCAGAUCCGGCGGCUGAGCCGCACCACAGUGCUGUACUGGCCCCAACACUUCCUGCCGCACGUCGGCGGCUCGCCCAUGCCCCACGACAGCCUCCCGCUCGACCUCUUCAUGCUGGGCUACUUCCAGCUGCUGGAGAUGCCCCUCAGCCCUGAGGAGCGGCGCUUCCGCCACCUCCUCUGCUACGAGAUGUUUGACCGCCUGGGCAGCCACAGCUGGCACCGCGUCCGCCGUUUCCACCGCACCGUGCUGGAGCAGGUCGAAGCUGGCCACCGCCACUGGCUUGACGGCUUUGAGGACCUCGUGCAGGAGUUUUUUGGGGAUGACCCUGUGGCAGUGGUAGAGAGCCUGCCAGAGCCCCCCACCAUGGCCCCGGAAGGGCAGGGGGCAGCAGUGCCAGUACCGGAGCUGGGAGAGUUCAGCGAGGAGGACGUCUGCCGCUUCAUUGACCGCAGCUUCUCCUUCUGGAAGGAGAAGGAGGCAGAGAUGUUCGACACCUGAGUCCAACGGGAUGCUGCAGGCUGUGCCAGUGGUGUGGCAUGGGGCAGCAGCAAGCUCAGGGGACAGCUAUGGGCUGGUGCCCGGGUGCACUCGCCUGCCUCUGUGGCUCGUGGUGCAGCUCAGCUUGGCAGAGGGCUGGGUGCUGUUCUGCGCGGCCCCGGGCCGAGGUUGCAGUGUGUGCCGCUUGCCGUGGCUGUGUGUUGUGUGGGAGGUGCAGCGGCGGGGCUGCGCUCCCCUCUGGUGUGGCGUUUGCGGUGCCGGGGCAGUGUGGGCCCCCGCGUGUCAUGCAAUAAAGCUGUGGUGUGCUGCAAGGGCUGGCCACGCCACGCGCUCCUUCCUCCUCCCGGCGCCGGCGGAAGGUGGGCAGUGAGGGGCGCAUCGGCGAGCCAUGUGCUGGUGAACCCCACCGGUACGGUGCCAAGGAGGGCGCUGCCAGAAGGAUGUGGUGCCGCGCACCAGGAUGAUGCUGCGGCCCCCUGGUGCCGGCAGUGAGGGCGGGCUCCCGGCAGUGCCGGUAACACGGCUGUCUG